AUGUCACGUCACGCCACCAUGUCGGGGGCCAAGAUGAACCAGCUCCCGCCUCCGGCCAGCCGGCUGUGGGAGGCGGGCAUCCGCAAGCUCAACACCACCAUGGCCAUCCGCCGCGGCAGCUCCGUCUUCCCCGCCACCAGCCCCGCCCUCGACGGCGACCCCGCGGUCGCCCUCUCCGUCGCCUCCUCCAACACCAUCUACGGCUACGACGUCGUCGAAAACGACGAUGCCACGGGCGGCGGCGACAUCGAGGACAAUGAGGAAGACACCGACGAGGAGGAGGAGGAGGAGGAGGAGGAGGAAGACGACGAGGCGGCGGGCCCGGAGAGCCACUCCGAGCAGCUGCUCCCCAGCGGCGACUUCUACCAGGGCAGCGUGCGCGGCGAUCUCCCGGACGGCUCCGGCAAGUUUUUAUGGACGGACGGCAGCAUGUACGAGGGCUCAUGGCGCCAGGGGCGCGCGUCCGGGCGCGGCAAGUUCUCCUGGCCCUCCGGCGCCACCUACGAGGGCGACCUCGCCGGCGGCUACAUGCACGGCCACGGCACCUACAUCGGCGAGUUCGGGGACACGUUCGCGGGUCACUGGGCCAACAACUUCCGGCACGGCCGUGGCACGCAGGCCUACGCCAACGGCGACGUCUACGACGGCCACUGGCGCGACGGGCGGCAGGAUGGACACGGGCGGUACAUUUGGCGGUACGGGCACGAGUACAUCGGCACGUGGCGCGCCGGGGAGAUGCACGGGUGCGGCACCGUGAUAUGGGCCGACGGAGACCGGUACGACGGCGCGUGGGAGGACGCCAAGCCCAAGGGCCAGGGCACGUUCCGGUGGGCUGACGGCGGCAUGUACAUCGGCGUGUGGUGCCAGCAGGACUCCGGCGAUACGAACGCAAUGGGCGGCGUGUUCUACCCGCCAUCCGGCGGGCCGGCCGUGCCCAUGCCGCCGCGGGAGCCGCGGGAGGCGAUCACGAAGCUGCUGGAGGAGCUGGAGGUGACGCAGGGCAAGGCGGCGUCGCUGCUGCCGUCGGAGAAGAUCGUGACGUGGCCCGGGGUGGAGGCGGUGCUGAAGAAGCCGGUGUGGCGGCCGCCGGAGCCGGAGCAAAUUCAAGGGAGGAGGUCCAGCGCGCAGAGGAGGAGCAGCGUGUCGUCGAUUGACAUGGACCUCGCCGCCGAGGGGGAGGAGGCCCAGGCGCAGGCGCAGGCCCAGGCACAGGCACAGGCACAGGCCCAGUCCAGCCUCAGCACCGAGGAGGCCCAGGCCAGGGCGGCGUCCGUGGAAAGGGCGUGGCUGCGGGCGACGUCGUGCAUGCGCGCGCCGCCCAAGCCGGCCAAGAAGCAGGGUGAGACCAUAUCCAAGGGGCACAAGAACUACGAGCUCAUGCUCAACCUCCAGCUUGGCAUCAGGCAUGCCGUGGGGAGGCAUUCGGCGCCGAACUCGCUGGAUCUCAAAUCGUCGGCGUUUGACCCCAAGGAGAAGGUGUGGACCAGGUUUCCUCCUGAAGGAUCCAAGCACACGCCGCCUCACCAGUCAUGCGAUUUCCGGUGGAAGGACUACUGCCCAUUGGUCUUCAGGACAUUGCGCAAGCUCUUUGACGUCGAUCCAGCGGACUACAUGAUCUCCAUUUGCGGUGACGACGCGCUUCGGGAACUAUCGUCACCCGGAAAGAGUGGAAGUUUUUUCUACCUCACCAACGAUGACAAGUACAUGAUCAAGACCAUGAAGAAAUCAGAAGUUAAAGUGCUUCUUAGGAUGCUUCCAGCCUAUUAUAAGCAUGUUCGCAAUUUCGAACAUACCCUAGUGACCAAGUUCUUUGGCCUGCACUGCGUUAAAAUCACUGGAGCUAUUCAGAAAAAGGUUCGCUUUGUCAUAAUGGGGAAUCUCUUCUGCUCUCACUAUGGGAUUCAUCGGCGUUUCGAUUUGAAAGGAUCGUCACAAGGUCGCAUGACUGACAAACCCCUCGAUCAAAUCGAUGAGCACACCACUUUGAAGGAUCUUGAUCUCAAUUUCAUUUUCCGGUUAGGAGGAUCUUGGUUCCAGGAGUUUUGCAGGCAAGUGGACAAAGAUUGUGAGUUACUAGAGCAGGAGAGGAUCAUGGAUUAUAGUCUUUUGGUUGGCAUUCACUUCAAAGAUCGAUUUAACGGCAAUGCUGACAACGGUGGUGCUGAAGAUUCUGAGCAAAAUAAGAAAGCGAAACUGGGGAUCGCCAUGCAGUCGAGGGUGGAGAACGUUGUGCGGAACCCCGAGAGCGAGUCGCCUCUCAUCGGUGAUCCCACGGGAGAAUUUCGGGAGGUGGUCCUCUUCUUCGGCAUCAUCGACAUCCUGCAAGACUACGACAUCAGCAAGAAGCUGGAGCACGCCUACAAAUCUCAGCUGUAUGAUCCCAACUCCAUAUCGGCCGUCGACCCCAAGCAGUACUGCAAGAGGUUCAGGGACUUCAUCUACAGGGCCUUCACUGAAGACGUGCAGUGA